ACAAGUUCUGGGAUCACCAUGGAAACGAGGCCUAACGACAAAGAGGGAGAUAUGGAACUUCCCAUUUUCAGUGCUCAAGGGAGGAUUUAGGAAAGGUCGAGCGGGCAGGACGGGUACAGGGUCUGGUGGAGAUUGAUUCUGCGUACAACUACGGGGCAGCAGUCACGGUUUGGGAAUCAGGGACGGCCUGGGGAUUGGACCAAAGCUGUGCUGUACUGGAUAUAGUGGAUGUAUAGUAUUUGUUGUGUUUCAUGAACAAGGAAGAACGAGCCCAUCUGGACAACAGAUUCCUUCAGCAUCAUGUCAUUCAGAGACCUGAGGAACUUCACUGAGAUGAUGAGGGCUCUGGGCUAUCCUCGUCUGAUCUCGAUGGAAAACUUUCGGAUUCCAAACUUUCCUUUAGUAGCAGAGAUUCUUAUUUGGCUUGUUAAAAGAUAUGAGCCCCAGACAGAUAUCCCAACAGAUGUAGAUACAGAACAGGACCGAGUUUUCUUCAUCAAAGCUGUAGCACAAUUCAUGGCUACUAAAGCUCACAUUAAGCUCAAUACUAAGAAGCUGUACCAGGCUGAUGGAUAUGCAGUGAAAGAGUUGCUGAAGAUUACUACCGUUCUCUAUAAUGCUAUGAAAACGAAGCGAAUGGACAGAAGUGAGGAUGCUGAAGAAGACAGUUCAAAAUUCAAGUUUGACUUGGGGUCAAAGGUAUCAGAUUUGAAAACUGCCAGACAACUAGCCUCUGAGAUUACCUCCAAAGGAGCAACAGUGUUUGAUUUAUUAGGAAAAGAAGUAGAUCUGAGGGAGAUGAGAACAGCCGCAAUAGCUAGGCCGCUGGAAAUCAAUGAGACUGAGAAGGCACUAAGAGCUGGAAUUAAAGAAAUUAUUGAACAAGUACAAAAGACCAAGGAAAUGCUGAACAAUGUUGCCUCUGAUGAAGCAAACCUGGAGGCUAAGAUUGAAAAGAAGAAGAUGGAGCUGGAGAGGAGUAAGAAGCGGCUGCAGACCUUGCAGAGUGUCAGGCCAGCCUUCAUGGAUGAAUACGAGAAGAUUGAAGAGGAGCUCCAGAAACAGUACGAGACCUAUGUGGAAAAGUUUCGUAAUUUGUGUUACUUGGAGCAGCAGCUUGAAGACUUACACAGGAUGGAACAGGAAAGAUUUGAGGAAACUGAAAAUACACUGCGGCUGAUGCAGAAUAAAUUGAAGGAGGAGGAAAAGAGACUUAUGAAAAAUACAGGGAAAGAUGAUGAUUCUGACAAUGAGAUACAGGAGGAUGAGUGCUCAGAUAGUGAUCUAGAAGACAGAAGACCACUAAAACCACGUCUGACGAGGGAGCUGCCCAUUCAGGGCAGAGUUGGUGGUCGCGUGGUUGGGACAAUGCACGGAGGUGACACAGAGGAUGAGGAGGAGUCAGAUGACAGUGAGAUUGAUGUUGAAGAUGAUGAGGAUGAGUAUGAAAUUGCUGAAGAUGAUGAUGAAAGUAUUGAUAUUCAACCAGAACAGUCUUCAAGCAGAAUCCACAAGCAGGACCUUGAUGAAAGCGAUAAUGACUUCUAGUCCUAACACUAUGCAACUGUGUUUGCAUAUGUAGAGGUUUUCUGAUCUUCCUCUAGUUCCUUUUGAAUAUCAAUAUUAUAUGCAUAAGACUCAUGCCCUUCAGUACAUAACAAACAUGUGGAGCGGUUAAGAAAGAAUCAUUAAAUAAUAGGUACAGGACACUUAAAUAGUUUUCUCUUGUGGUGAAGUCAGUCCUUUAUUCCAAUCCAAAAAAAACCAGAGGUAAAUUUCAACAGGCAAAUAUUUCUGAAGAAAAAUGUAGCAGAUGUUAGAGGGAGAAAAGAAAAACAAAAUUAAAUUGAGCAGCAUUAAAGUCCAAGUAUUGCCUUCUAGGAUCCCAUAAAAAUGGGCAGUUCUCAGUGGUAUGUAAGGGGGUUCUAACCUUGUGUCCAGUAGAGAAACGACUACUCCAGCCCAAGAACCUUCCAAGUUAACCAAUUUGGGCAUGUUAUGGCAUACUUCUAGAGCAGAUGGACUUGAAUCUGAACUUUCUAGCUUGAUGCUACACCAUAACAGCCCCUUUUUGAUGGCAUUCACAAUUCUAUCAAAAUGUAUUUUGGAAACCUAUCAAAGUCAGAUCUUAUGGGAUUGACCAAGUUACAGGAAACAGCACUGGAGACUAGGAAAAAAGGGAUAUAGUUGCCCAGAAUUGGCGGUUAAACAUGGAUGCAAAUUCCAAAAAUCACAUAACGACAAUACUUGGAAGUAUUUGAACUAAAAGGAGACAGUGAUAAGAUACAGGUGAUGGGAGUGGCAAAUCAAAUUUAAAUUAAGAGAACUGUGAAGAAAAUUUUUGGAAGUAAUGGC